AUGUCCAUGUUUAGAAGGGUGAAACCACUAACCAGUAAGUUUAGCAUGACACCAUAUGGGAAGUCUUAUUCAGAGCAGAGAUGUUGCCCCAUGCACAUAGCUGCUUCUACCACACGUCGAAGGAGCUGGCAAGGCAAGGCAUCACCCGAGUAUCAUAGCGUUAACCAAAGAGACUUACAUAACCUUUCUUCUACUUCUUUCCGUCUCUCUUUCAUACACUAG